AUGUCUUCCUGUUUGCAGCCUGAUUUUUCCCAGCUCCCACAUGCCAGCACAACCACUGUCAUAAUUGCUGCACAAAAUUCACAUCUCCAAGGAUCUUGUCCUGCUCAAGAGUCAAUGAUACAUCUGGUGGGAGGUCAGGAAUGCAACAGCCCUCUCAGGCCAGAGUUGCAACCAUUGUUUGAAGACAGUCAGCCAGUAUUUUAUAAUGCAAUGGACAGAGAGUUGAGACAAGAACAUGCUGAUAUGUUUGUCACAUUCAACAAGGAGCAUGUCAACACAUCUUAUCUUACACUAGGCCACUGCAUUCAAAAUGAAAAAUUAAUGCAGAUCCUAAAAGAAAGCCUUGGAUUCAUGGAAUGGCCACUGAGUGAGAGUGAAGGCAAUGAUGGAGAAAAGUGCAAGAGCAAAGACAGUGAUGGUGAUUCAGAUAAAUUGGAGAUCUUCAAUUAUCAAAUACCACAAGUCAUUGUUCUUGACACUGUGGCAAGUGCAGGGAUCAUUCAGGUUGUCCCAGUGUUGCCAUUUCAAUGUUACAGGAUAUGGGGAGUGGAGAUUGCCGAAGAGUGUCAGGUUAUAGGAUAUGGGGAGUGGACUGAGUGUGCACAACAGUUCAGGGGAUGGUUUGGUGUCCCAUCGUUCACUGGGACUGCUGAAGGGUGUCAGAUUACAAUAUAUGAGGAGUGGAGUGAGUGUGCACAGCAGUUCAGGGGAUGGUUCUGUGUCCAAAUGGAUUGCCCUAGACUCAUAAGAAAACCUGAUCAUAUGAAGAAGUCUCCUCCGACUGGAAAGAACUCUUGGCUCUGCCUCAUUUUGCCUUGA